AUGACCCACCUCGACAAACAUCGGAUCCUCACCGACCAACAACAUGGGUUCAGGAAGAGGAGAUCCACAGAGAGCCAACUCAUCCUCACCAUAAAUGACCUAGCCAAAGCUCUGGACGAGGGAGAACAGAUCGACGCAAUCUUGCUCGACUUUAGCAAGGCCUUCGAUAAGGUCCCACACGAAAGACUCGCCAGCAAACUAAGUUAUUAUGGCAUCAGGGGAAGCCAGCUCCAGCGGAUUCGCAGCUUCCUGAGAUCUGUCAUCGGCCCACUUCUCUUCCUCCUCUACAUCAAUGACCUUCGACUACAGACAACAUCACCAACUCGCCUCUUCGCAGACGAUAGCCUCUUGUACAGGAAGAUCCGCUGCGCACAGGACGCCAAGGCCCUGCAAGAGGACCUGGACAGGCUACAGAAAUGGGAACGGGACUGGUUGAUGUCCUUCAACCCAUCUAAAUGCGAGGUCAUCCAGAUCACAAGGAAGAGAAACCCCAUCCGCUCUACCUACUCCAUCCAUGGUAGGGAUCUCAAGGUAGUGAAGGGAGGAACAUACCUCAGAGUCCAUAUCGACGAGAAGCUGACCAUGAACACGCAUGUAGCCACGACCGCAAAGAAAGCAAACAACAGCCUCGCUUUCCUCAGGAGAAACCUGACAAGCUGCCCACAGGAUAUAAAGGAACAGUGUUACCAAACCCUUGUCAGGCCAAUCCUAGAGUACGCAGGAACUGCCUGGGACCCCCACACUAAGACAAACAUCAACCAACUGGAAGCUGUCCAACGCCGAGCAGCCAGAUUCGUCAAGGGAGACUACCACACUACAAGCAGCACCAGCCAAAUGGUGGCAAACCUUGGGUGGCAGCCCCUUGCCGAACGACGCUUCAACGCCAAACUUGUAAUGGUGUACAGAAUAACACACUUCCUCAUUGACAUCCAACCAGUCACCUUCUUCCACCCGGCUACCACAAGCACAAGGGGCAACUGCACACGCUUCUUGCUACCCUUCUGUCGGACAGACGUCUACAAGUACUCCUUCUUCCCCUCCGCCAUCAGACUGUGGAACCAGCACCCAUCGCCGGGCACCAUAGCUAACAGCGUAGAGGCCUUCAAGAGGGGCCUGUCGCCGCAGCGGUAG